GCUAUCGUUCGCAUUGAUGUGAGGCAAUCAUAAAAACUUUAGCACUUCUACAUUGGACGACGUUUUCUUGAAAAGUCAGUGGAGCCCCCGAUAUGAGUGUGACUCGCAUGAUGAUCCGUCAUGGCUUUCGUCUCGAAGUAAUGCCGCCCAUUAUAGCCGACGUACCCAGUUUCCAAGACACUCUUCUUCGAAACCUUUCCUGGGAAUGCCCCGGGCCUUCACGCGCAUUCCAUCCGGUCUGCAUCGUGGAAAAGAUCUUGUACCGUAACCCUUCCGAUUUUGCUUGGCAUCACAUCGGGCUUCUUUUGGCGGUGUCGAUUGUACCUCUCUUGCUCGUCAUCUGUUUUGCGUUCGAGUUGAAGAUAGUUGAUUUCGGUCUUUUCGGUGAACCCUAUAAUCAGGCCAAGACUGCUGAUGUUGCGGUUCCCCGGGAUAUUGCUCACAAACCGAGCGAACGAGAAAUCGCAGACACUGAUUCAGAGCACAGCGAUGAAGAACCUCUAGGAUGGUCUCCUUCAAGCCCACUUGCGAUUGGCGACGAAAGCGUGGUGUGUUGGACUCCAAGAACUGCAGAAGAGGAUUCAUUCGUUUUGACUCCUCAGGUUGCUGAAGAGGAAAUUCUUGCAAUUGAAGAUGGCGAGCACCAAGAUGAAGAGGGUGUAGUUGAAGAUCAAGAUACUUCAGCUACAAAAGAAGGACCAGAAGAGCUCGUUGCAAAUGAUGAGGUUUCUAACGAAGACACAGAAGCCCGUGUUUUGUUCUCGGACGAAGAUGAAUAUGUCGAGCCGAAGUCGUUGGUUCAAGAUGUCGCUGUCGAGACAAUGUGGAUAAAGAGAAAUCAAGCAGCGCAAGGUUGCUUCGCCGACUGGACUGCCUCAGCCGUGGCUUUGUCAACCGACGGCGAUGUAGCGGCCAUGGCAAUUCCUGGAGUUGGACAGUGCAGCGUAGUGCGUGUGGUCCAAUAUGAUGCGGAAGGUGGACAUUGGAACAGUUAUGGUCAAGAAAUUAAAGUAUUGGUAGGCCACUCCGAAAAGAGCAUAGCGCUCUCUGGGGACGGAAAGAUCCUUGCGGUUGCUUCUUCCAGCACCCCUGCUACCGACGGUUCUGCCCUCGUCAAGGUUUUCCAGUACAACGAAGUGUCUGCUGCAUGGGAAAUUGUUGUUGUGAUUCCGGGAUUUUCAAAGGAUACGCUUGGUGGACGAAUCGCUUUAUCAAAAGAUGGUUCGAUGCUUGCUGCCACUUCUUUGGCUCCUCCGAAUGAGCCUUCGUUUCUAAGUAAGACAAAAACGUACCGAAUUCUACCACAGAAGGAAUGCUUUAUUCAGAUGGGUCAGGAUAUUUAUGGAAGCUACGGCAUUGGUGACGAUCUUGCGCUCUCUGACAACGGGACCACGCUGGUAUUAGGAGCCUCCAAGCACAACUCAUGGCGAGGACAAGUAGCUGUAUGGAGUUACGAUAAUUCCGAAAACUACUGGCGCCAACUCGGUCAAACUCACGAACUGGAUGGAGAGAAUCCAGGAGACCGAGCGGGCUUUGUCUCCAUCGCCGGGGAUGGUUCGAAGAUUGCCAUUGGAUCUCCCGCGAACGAUGAAAAUGGUCUUUUAACGGGCAAAGUCCGAGUAUUACAAUACUCCAGCACGGAAUGUUGCUGGAAACCUAUGGGCCAGAUUUUGGGAGAUAAAGAAGGUGAAGAGCUUGGCAGUGCUGUCUCGUUGUCGAACGAUGGUUUGUCAUUGGCGGUGUCUAGUAACGAGGUCCAAAGUGACGAACACACUUCAGGCGUGGCUCGCAUGUACCAGUACGACCUGCCUACUUCCUCCUGGAAGCAGGUUGGUAAAGAUAUCAGUGGUGUGAUGGGCCAGGAAACCGGAAGUAGAAUUGGGAAGUCUUUGUAUGGCUCCGUAAUUUCUCUAGCUGCGAACGGUAAGGCCUUGGCGGUGUGCCCACGGCUCAAUACGACAGAGGAUCCGCUAGGACAUGUCCAGAUCUUCCACCUGCUGGAGUCGGAAACAUAGGUUGUUGCAUUGCUUUGAACGUACACACACCAAUGAAGACACAAAGAAAGCUUUAACCAUCUCCCAUGACCACAGCUUCAAUAUCUUGCAUCCAUAAUGUUUAUAUAAAAAUAUUUGCUUCAUUAUUU